UUUUAUUUGCAAUAGGAGCCUUUCACUCCUCCCAGCAGCUCCCACGUUUGCUCAGGCCCCUGUGCUGGGCCCAAGGGCCGCCCCAAGGAGACUUUGGGAACUCCGCAAUGGCCCCGAAAGGUGCCUGAACUCAGCGCAGCUGCCAGAAAGGAACCAACCAGCACUGCCCCAGGGAAUCCUCGAGUUUAUUUCAGAAUGGAAACUACCAACUGGCCUACAGGCUUUCCUUCAUACAGACCAAGCUUUCAGAGGAGACACCGCACCGAGGAGCUCGCCGGACCAAGGCGAGCAGUCUUUUUGUCCUUCAGCACAAAGAGGAGCUGCCCGUGUCGCCCUCCCCGGACUGAGCCAGGCACGUCGCGCGUACAUUUAAAGAGAGUUACAGCGGGAUUUGCGUUACCGUGCCCCGCAGGGGAUGCAGUAACCGGCCCCAAAGCGGAAUUCCCUUUAAACAGCCCAUUGCUGCUGUUGGCAGCGCGCUGCCGGCUCACCCCUGGCAGGGACACGGGCCAGGCUGCCAGCGCCGCCGCUGCCGCUCCAGGGCCGGCUCGCCUCCCUCGGCCGAGCCCCUCCCGGACCCGCCCGGCUCUCCCGGCCCUUCUCGGGUGUCACCCCCGGGCCGUGCCCUCACAGUCCUGCUCUCUCCCCCACACUCGUCUCGGUCCCUGUCCCGCAGCAACCGCCAUCCACCGGCCGCGCAAUUCAAACACGGGCAGGCCGCGCUCCUCGCCUCCUCAUUGGCUGUGCGCCGUGACGUCAGCAGAGCGCCGGCGGCUGAUCAACUCCAAAAUGGUACCUCAAAAUCUGUGCCAACUUUGCAAAUGUUUGUUUCUGAGUAAGUUGAAACUGAACUCAGUAAAUGUGGCUGGUUUGGCCAGAAGGAUCCAUUCUUCAUCACAAAAGCUUUCUGACUCUGAGUCACAGGAACAAACUGUCCAGAAAUGUGAAUCUGAAGAGCUGCCUCAAAAUACAGAGAACAGUGAUUCUGGAAGAUUGCACGUACCAGUGAUGCUGGAGGAGGUUGUUAAUUGUUUAUCCCCUCAGCCUGGUCAGCGUUUCCUGGAUAUGACAUUUGGAGCUGGAGGUCACACAGCAGCUCUGCUGGAGAGAGCCAGAGACAUCACAGUGUAUGCCCUGGACAGGGACCCCACAGCUCACAGCAUGGCCCAGCAGCUGGCAGCAGCCUACCCGAACCAGCUUCAGCCUCUCCUGGGAAGGUUCAGCCAGUCAGAGGCUUUGUUAAUCUCAUCUGGGGUUGAGCCAGGCACUCUGGACGGAGUUCUCCUGGAUGCUGGCUGUUCUUCUAUGCAGUUAGACACACCUGAAAGAGGCUUCUCCCUGCAGAAGGAUGGGCCCUUGGACAUGAGGAUGGAUCAUGACAGGUGUCCUGGCAUGCCCACGGCGGCGGACGUGGUGAACGCGCUGGACCGGCAGUCGCUGGCGGCGGUGCUCAGUGCGUACGGCGAGGAGCGGCACGCCAGGAGGAUCGCCUCUGCCAUCGUGCAGGCACGCAGCAUCUACCCCAUCACCAGCACCAGGCAGCUGGCCAGCAUCGUGGCAGGUGCUUUUCCAGCAUCAGCGCUCUACGCACGGAAGGACUUGCUUCAGAGACCUGUGCAUGUUGCUACUAAAACUUUCCAAGGCCUGAGGAUAUUUGUGAAUGAUGAGCUCCAUGAACUCCUGAUAGGGCUGAAGACAGCUGAGAAGUUCCUGAGGCCUGGAGGUCGCCUUGUGGCCCUGUCCUUUCAUUCCCUGGAAGAUCGAAUCAUCAAACGUUUCCUUCAUGGCAUUGACAUGACAGAGAAACACAACCUUGGCUCAAAGCAGAAGAUCAGGCAGGCUCUGAAAAAUGCCUCCAAAGGAGAAGACACACAAGGAUCUCGCUGUGGAAAAUCCAACUCCAAGUGGAUUUCUAUACACAAAAAAGCUCUCACACCCCAGGCCAAGGAUAUUCAAACAAACCCAAGAGGACGGUCAGCCAAGCUAAGAGCUGCUAUUAAACUCUAAAUGAAAAUAUAUGAUUGUGUGAUUGUAUCAUUUCCUGAAAUUCUGUUUUCCAGAAUCCUAACUGGACUUUUGUCAAAUUGAUAUUUGUCAAACUGAAAAAAUAAAAGGAAGGCUGUGAGAAAA